CUUCAAAGAAAGACCCUUUGCCGGUCCAAGAUGGCGAUGUUGGCAGAACCACGUCGCAAGCAGAAAUGGUCUGUGGAUCCUCGAAACAGUGCAUGGAGUAAAGAUGAAUCAAAAUUUGGCCAGAAGAUGUUGGAAAAGAUGGGCUGGUCAAAAGGCAAGGGGCUUGGGGCUCAAGAACAAGGGAACACGGAGCACAUCAGGGUCCAUGUGAAGAACAACAAUCUUGGCUUAGGAGCAUCUGUCAGCCAUGAGGACAACUGGAUUGCCCAUCAGGAUGACUUCAAUCAGCUUCUGGCAGACCUGAACAACCGCCAUGGCCAAAACGAUGCAGAGUUUGAAUCUGUGGAGCAAAAGAGGACGUUUAAUCUUGAGGAGAAAUCCAAGAUCUCUCGGAAACGGGUUCACUAUGUGAAAUUUGCCAAAGGAAAAGAUCUCUCUUCCCGAAGUGAAGAUGAUUUGUCCUGUAUUUUUGGGAAACGUCAGAAGAGCAAAAAAACAGCGGAAGAUGUUGCUGAUGCCGACUUUCUAGAGAAGGACCCAAAGAAGGGAAAUGACCUACGGGCACAAGUCGAAACUGACAAUAUUGUAACUAGCACUCUUACUGUGCAGGAGUAUUUUGCUAAGCGCAUGGCAAAACUGAAGAAAGCCCGGGAUGGGGGAGCCAUCUGGUCACCUGAUCCACCUCCAGUGGUGGCAGAGCAGCGAGAGCAUUUGGGAUCCCAGAUGAAGAAGAGAAAGAGCCACACCCUCGCUGGGCCUGAGAAUGAGAACAGCCAUGAAGAACCAAAGGUGAGAUGUCCCAAGGUACUUAUGGGUGAGCUGGACACAGAGAAGCUGAAGAAGAAGAAGAAGAAAUCUAAACGCUUGGACCUGGGCAGUCUUGCCUCCAGUGAAUCCCAACAUGACAUCCAGGAGAGGGGAUCAUGUUUCACUCAAACAUCUAGUGUGGAAAACUGUGACUCUGAAGUACCAAAACCAAAGAAAAAGAACAAGAAGAAGCACAGAAAGCUCAGUAGAGAUACAACUGAAGAUGUCCAAGAAGGCAGCAGGAGAAAGAAGAAAGAGAAACUCUUUAGUUGACACAAUUCUUGAGACUUUUGACACUAGGUUAUCUUUUGAAGUUGGAUUAUUUUUUGGUUAAGCAAACCCAUUAACCUGGUAUCCAAAUGUAUUCAUGAACCUGUUGGAAUAGUGUUGGAACUGCUUUUAAGGCCAUGACUGGUUGGUUGUACCUUCUCACUAUUGAGAUUGAAGGUCUGGUACUGUUAAGCAGAGGAAAAGCAGCAUCAGGAAAGCAGUCAAGGUGUUUGAAGCAGUGUUCUGUUGCGCUCAGAACCACUUUUGUAAAUGAGGGUUUCCAACUUGGCUAAUUAACUCUUCUUUAAUUCCUGCUUCCCCAAUAUCCAGGGAUGGUGCCUGUUAUCUUGCUGAGAAAGUUCCUGGUGACCCAUUACCAGGAGGCCAAGACAAGAGACCCUACAGCACUUCUCACACCACAGAGAAUCUUUUCGCUCAGUUUUCUCCAGGAUUGGUUUUAACAUCUCUGUCUGCUAUUCCUCUGCAAUGUAGAUAGGGGUCCAUUUUUAAUUCCAACAUUUAAUCUCUUGAAGUCUUUAUACUGUUGCAUACUCCCGUGCGCAUUGCAGGCCAGGAAAAUUGCCCCCCACCCAGUUGCAGCUUUGUAUUUCCAGCCACAGGAAAAGGUCAUGGAAUUUGGGGGGGGGGGGAGAUUCCCCCCCCCCUUUUUUUUCUCUUGCAGCCAGUCCUGUUUCAAAUAUCUGCAACUCCUGCAUCUGGUACUCUUGAGAAACUGUCCAAACUGCCCUUGAUUAUUCCCUCUGUAUGAAGCAUUUGGCCUUCCAGUGUAUCUGUGGGGUAUAAUGUCACAAAUUUCCCUGUCUCUUCUGCAAAAGAACGCCUAAUUUAUGAGUAUAUGGUGUUAACUAUACUGUUCAGGCUGUCAUUUUUUAAAAAUGAGACACACAGGCUAGAUCCCAGCUUUCACGGUAGAGCCACAUUGAGCAAUAUUAUAGGUUUAUUCAACGAUCAAAUCAGGUGGAUUCUCGUGUUUCAGCAGUACACAGUCAUUAUACUUCGUACAAAGCUUGGAACUAGCAAGGUUAUGCUUCUAGUCUCUUUGUAAUGCCAGUCAAGAGUCCCUGAAUAUAAGUUACUUAUAUCAAAUUCUGAAUAAAAUUACCAUCUUCCUAAGGCAGAAUCUUUUUUGCUACCUACAACGUGGCAUUGUGUGAACAAUUCUACUUGGCCCCGUUUUUAUAUCAUGCUGAGACCUUGACCUGUUCGCACGGACACUCCUCCAGAAAUCCAUCCCAACAGUUGGGGGCGUGGGAGGGGGGGGGGGGAAGGGGUCAUGGUGGUUAUCAGUGAAAGAUGAGGAUAUUGAUAUUGUUUGUUUGUGGAGAUUGUGUUUAGUUGUGUCGUUGAAUAAGCCUACAUUAAUUCUUCUGAAUAUCUACCAAAAUAACAAUAUGUGUUUUCACGUUUCUUUUCCUCAGUGCCAAGUUCAUUUAUAAAAUGUAUGGGUUAAUUCUUCUGAAUAUCUACCAAAAUAACAAUAUGUGUUUUCACGUUUCUUUUCCUCAGUGCCAAGUUCAUUUAUAAAAUGUAUGGGUUAAAUGAAAUUUUCAAGUUGCUUUCACAAGGCAGUAUGCAGAUGCAGUUGGCACCUGCAAUGGCAUGGGGCGUGGCCUUGCUACCAUGAGUUUUGAACCCAUGAGCCAUCAAUAGCCUAUAGCAGAGCUCUAUAGAAAUGGUGUGGCAGAGAUUAUGGGGGAGGGGAUGAUUGUAAUUUUGCAAAAAACUGCAUUCCUCUCAUUUUGUGUGCACACGUCAAAAGGAUAUGGUGUAUGUGAAUGCAGGAAAUAAAUUACUCCAGAUGAAACAGUGGGUCCCUGUCUACUAAUGCAGUAACCAAAAUAUACCCUUUAACCUUCAUUUCUAACUCAAAAUUGGCCCGUUUGGCUAUUUGUGACUUUCUUCCUCCCUUUGCAGUCUUCUGAAGAACAAAAUAAAACUUAGUACAAAGGCCUUAAGUGAAAA